AUCAGGCUCCCAAAAUCAAGCAGGGAAAAUAAAAGUCGAUUCGUUGUGAGAGAGGAUUUCUUUGCAUAAUCUUCAUCUCCAGUACUCAGAACAAACCCUCGGUUUUGAAAUUUACACAUCAGAGCAUACUAUUUUGAAAGCUGGGGAAUCGCAGGAAUUGUAGCCCAAAGAAGGAAUCUUUCCAAGCUCAGCGAUAUUCUUGUGUUCCUAACCGUGGCCCCAUCUGCUUUUUCAAAAUUCUACACUAGAAGCACGCACAAGAGCAUCAUGGCCCAGAGCAUGGACAUGGCAUCACUGGAGGAGAGCUUCCGGAAGUUUGCCAUCUACGGAGACACCAAAGCCACUGGGCAGGAAAUGAAUGGCAAGAACUGGGCCAAGUUGUGUAAGGAUUGUAAAGUUAUUGAUGGCAAAGGGGUCACUAGCACAGAUGUGGACAUUGUCUUCAGUAAGGUGAAAGGGAAGUCAGCCAGAGUCAUCAAUUAUGAGGAGUUCAAGAGAGCCAUGGAAGAACUGGCCCCAAAGAGGUUUAAGGACAAAAGCAACGAGGAGGCAUAUGAGGCCAUCUGCAAGCUGGUGGCAGGGCAAGAACCAGCCAACGUGGGAGUUACUAAAGCCAAGUCGGUGGGAGCUGUGGAGAGGCUCACUGAUACCUCCAAGUACACGGGAUCCCACAAGGAACGCUUUGAUGAGACGGGGAAAGGCAAGGGCAAGAGUGGGCGUGAGAACAUUGUGGACGACAGCGGCUACGUGUCUGCUUACAAGCAUGCGGGCACUUACGACGCCAAAGUGAAGAAGUAGUAUGAAUAGCCACACCCCACUCUCAUGCUUGUUUAGAAGAGGGGCUGCCUAAAUGACACACCUUCCACCUGGGAGAAUUGGCUUUUGCUGGACCUGCUCCUAGCCUCUGUUAGAGCUGGAACCCCUAACAUGCCUGACCAUGUUUUCUGUUCCCUGUGCUAUGCAAACACGGACGUCUAACUGCAAGGUUCUCCUGCAAAGUCUACCAAGAGCUUCUAUACCUCAGGUUUCACUCUCUGAGCCUUGCCUGCUCACUUGUAUAGCCUUCUGCUGCCGCCAAAGCUUUACUCCACCACCACCGCCCCUGCUUUGCUUCUUAGCCUUUAGCACCCUGUACCAUUAAAAACCGUGUUCCCCA